UAUCAUCAUUCUACAAUUUCGUCACCCAAGAGAGAAGUUAUCAUGUCUUCAUGUUUUCAAGCCGCCCCGAUGAGAAAGUGAACUCGUCUGCAUUGUUAAUGUGCUACUGAUAUCAGUUGUAACUUGAUACGCAAGUGGUGUUUAUAAUCACAUCCUUUAAAUAUCGCCGUCGAAAAUAUCACUUGGACAUUUUCUUACUCUGCCGGUUUCGACAACCACUUCGUCAGUGAGCCUGACUGGAGAAGCACUUUCUGACCGGUCGACAUCAAUUUCCGAAAGUCAAAGAGCGCCGACGAUAAAUUGAUGUUUAGAUAUUUCAUCCAAUCGAGAGAGAGAAAGUUUUAGGACUAGUGCUUCUCGUCCCGAUUUGAUUUGGAGUUGAUUUAAAGUCGAGGAUUGGUCGACAGCAAGCAAACAUUGAUCGAGUGGUUUCUGUUUAACAUGGACAAGAGUUUCUCCAGCACCAUGCUCCCCACGACUGAGAACCAUCAUCAAGAUUCUAACAACAACGUUACCACCACACCCAGAGCAUCACCCGGUGGCGUAGCAGCCCCGUCUGAAGCUCGUCAUCAUACGCUCUUUAUGCCCUACGCCGAUGUUUCAACCAGCAGUUCAUCCAAGACUUCAUCAGCUGCUGCUGUCAUCAUGAGUCGGACAAACACGGGCGGUGACGUCGCCGUUCCCUCCACCAUCGGCCAUCACCCAACCAUGCUACCGUUCCCGAUAUCGCACGCCAUCCCCUCAGCACAGACCCUGGACUUUCGUCACCCGGCCCAUCAUCAUCAUCCUCUGUCUCGAUCACCAAGUCCUCCCGUCAAGGGCGAGCAUCUCAGCGGCGACGAACACCAGGACUCUAUACUAAACGGUCACGACUACUCCCGGGAGUCUAGCCCACUGGGGAAGUGGGAUGACCGUUUGUCACCGGACAGCUGCUCCGACAACCUGGAGUUUGGGCUCCACAAGAACGACUUAAAUUCUGCACUCAGAGCCGACCCGCUAGACCCAUCGCAGGUUCGCCGGUACCGCACCGCAUUUACCCGGGAGCAGAUCGGGCGCUUGGAGAAGGAGUUCGCCCGUGAGAACUACGUGUCCCGGCCCAAGCGAUGCGAGUUGGCCACCGCUCUUAACCUGCCAGAAACCACCAUUAAGGUCUGGUUUCAGAAUCGCCGUAUGAAGGAUAAGCGUCAACGCAUGUCGAUGUCUGCAUGCUCCUGGCCGCACCACGCCCAUUUCGACCAUCACCUCUACUCACUCAUGCUGGCUGGGAGACUGCCCCCAUACACUUGCCACACCCCUUCUCCACUCAGCUACUACCACCCACUCGCUGGAGCUCCUGCACCUGUUGCUGCGGCCGACGCCUACUCACUCCACCUCCGAUCGCGAGCAGAGCUUCUACAUGGUCUCGGUGCACACCCUUACGCAAGACCGUUUCCAAACCCUGCUGCCGCCCACCACCAAUCCGACAUCCUAGCUGCUAGAGCCGCCGGUGCAUCCCUCAUCUUGCCACCAACCAACCUACCUCCACCAGCGGCCCAUCCCGCAGUCUCAGCGUCAUCCCCCUGCGGGUGUCACCACGCCCCAGGAGGAUCGCCACACCGACACCCAUCUCCGACGACCCCCAUUACAAGCUCGACCACGCCCGUGAGCACAUCCUCCCCGCACUCCAGUCCGGUCACUGGUACGCCAGAUCAUCCCGCCAUUGUUCACGUUCCAGCGGUUUUGUCGACACCUCACUCGCACCCUGCGGUUCAUCACCCUGGCCUAGCCCUCCAGAUCCCCGGAGGUUUCUAAAAGACUUGACGUGAAAGACUGCUCUAGCUUGCCUACAUUAUGGACUUUGUGACUCACAUUAGAUUAAUAAAGUUUUUAUCAUGUCUAUAUUAAAGAAAAUUAUUCAUACACAAAGAUCAAUUCAAUAUGUUGCUAGGUCAUGUUUGUAGCUUACCUUUUGAACUCCAAAGUAUUGUAUCAUUGAAAACUUUGAAAAUCCGUUGUUGAAAUCGUCAGCUAAAAAGUGUUUAGUAUAGGUUUAGCACUUUGCAGGGGCUACUUAAAUUUCCUCUACGCACAAAAUGUGUAGCCGUUUUGACGGGUAUAAAUUAAUUUUGUUAUUUUGUUGUUGUCUUGCCAGCUAUUUGGUGAACCUGUAUUAGAGGCAGUAAGUGGUUAUGGGUUUAUCCAUGUACCCUGAUGUAUUAAUAUGUGAAUAUUAUGAAUAUUGUAUCUUAUUUAUUAUGCGUAUUCAUGCAGACUGUGAAUCAAGUGAAUGUUUUGAUUGAAUUUCUCAUUAAUAAACUGAAAUUAAAAUUUA